CGAAUGGUCAAAUAAACAGUGUAUCAACUGCACGAUUUUUAGAAGGAGACCUUUUAGGAUCAAUCAUGACAGGAAAAAACACUUCCACUGAUUUUCUCAAAGAUGUAGUGGCAUAUGUUGAUGUGUGGUCUGCCAGCAGAAUGGAGGAUUAUUCUGAUCCGUUCAUGCAGCAGCUGCAGGACAUGGGUGCAGAGGUAUCUAAGACACUCAACAAACAAGUGACCCACGUAGUCUUCAAACAUGGCCGGCCGUCCACAUGGAAGAAAGCCCAGAAAAUGGGUGUGAGGAUUGUUUCAGUCCACUGGGUAGCAAGAUGCAAAGAGAGUAAUGGACGUGUAGAUGAAAAUCUUUUUCCUGCUCAAAAUGAAGAGUCCAAACUUCAUCUAAAUAAAAGAACACACCGUUGCAUGCAACCUAGAGAUAUUCCUAUAAAGACCCCUGAGAAUGACCGGCGGCUGAAGAAAAAAUUGGACAAGAUGAUGGAAGGCCUGAUCUGCUCAUCCCCCGUUGUUUCCGACACAUCACCAUUCGUUAUUGAUGAGGAAAAUGGAGUAGUGUACAGUCCCUCUUUAAAACGCUCUGACAGCAUGGCUCAGCGACUGAGAGAAAUGAGAGCUCAACGAGAACAUCUCUCACCCACUGCCUCACAGAUGCUGGAUAGUGCCUCAGGAUGUAAUUCACCUAGACCACCUCAUGGGGCUUCACCAACUCUGUCUUUCUCACAAACACUAGGUUUGGGAAAACAAAAGUCUUUUUUUGUAGUAGAAUAA